AGACCACCGUUGUUGACCCAUUUUCUGUUCCAUCUCGAUCGGUUUCAGAUGGCCAAAAACCCGUUCGUAUUUCCCUCUACGUUUUCCAAUUCGCAAUCAUUAACACCAUCUUCAUCUUCUUCUCCGCCGCCAUCUUUUAAUUCGUGUUCUUCAUGUCCAUCUUCUGAUCCAAGUCUAAAUUCUCCAUUUCUGUCUUCUCAUCAAAGUCUUCCCCUACCGCUUUCCCAAAAUUCUUUUAGUCCUUUCGGCCUGCCUUCUGCCGCUGUCAUCGGACCUUGCGCCGCCUGUAAAAUCCUUCGCAGGCCAUGCACCGAUAAGUGUUAUGUAGCUUCCUAUUUUCCUCCAAGUGUUGAACCACAUAAUUUCGCUGUCAUUGAUAGCCUCUUCGGACACAGCAAUGUCGUCGAGUACCUGCAGCAAAAUGGCAAUUCUUUGUCAUAUGUUCCACUAUUAUUGUUGUUGAAAGACACAAGUAAAGAUGGAAAUCAACACCAAGCAAAUCCCAGUGAGAACAGCAAUGAUGUUCGAUAUGGAAGUAAGAUUAAUAUUAAUGGCCAGCUCAUGCUUGGCGUUUCUGAUAACUUGAAGGCUCAUUCAUAUAGUAGUUCUUCAAAGCAUCUAAUGAUGUUUGGAAUUGAUAAUCUAGGCACUAUUACAUCUCCAGCGAAUCAGUUAAGGGGUAAUAAUGAUCUUGAUAUGCAGGCUGAUAUGGAGGAUGAAUCUCUCAACAGUAAUGUUGAUCCAAGGGUUAAAGAUGAUGUUGAUGCAAAGAUGGAUGAUGGGGAUUCUGGUGACUCUGGACCUGAAAGCAUUUGGAAGUCUGAGAUUGCUAAAUUUACAGAAAAAGGAGGGCUUGUAGAUUCUGAAGGUGUUGAAAAAUUACUGCAGCUCAUGGAGCCUGAGAAAAAUGGAAAAAAGAUAGACUUGGUUGGCCGAUCUGUACUGGCUGGUGUGGUAGCAGCAACAGAUAAGUUUUAUUGCCUUGAUAGAUUUGUGCAUCUUAGGGGCUUGCAUGUAUUUGAUGAAUGGUUGCAGGAUGUGCUGAAAGGGAAGAUUGGAGAUGGUAGUGGUUCCAAGGAUAGUGAAAAAUCUAUUGAGGAAUUUCUUGAAGUUGUACUUCGUGCAUUGGACAAACUCCCCACAAAUAUUUACGCCUUACAAACGUGUACCAUCGGUAAAUUAGUGAACCAUCUGGGGACACAUAAGAACUUAGAAAUUCGAAAGAAAGCUAGAAGUUUAGUUGACGCAUGGAAGAAACGUGUUGAUGCUGAAAUUGAUAGAGACCAUGGUUUUAAGCCUCCAGUCGUUUGGCCAACAAGAACACGACUUCCACGACUUCCACCCAAUUAAGGAUUAUGUAAUUUGCUUUGGCAAUGCAGAUGCUUGAAUCACAUUUCUGGAGUAUUAAGAUUGGUAGUUGUUUAAGAGUAUUCAAGGGCGGAUCGACCAAAAUAAGCUUCCAGUCGGGUUAAGGGAGGUGACAAUGUUGGUGACAAUGUUGUAUAUAUAUUUGAUGUUGAGGCACCGGCUCGCCUGCAUGCAUUUCAGGUACAUAAUAAACCAAUUGACUCUGUGUUGGGAUCCUUUUUCAGAGUAUCUAGUGUCUGUCAGUGAGGACUCUUUUAGACUCUGGAGUCUGCAAUCUGGGAGUGAGGGGAAUGUCUUCACUCUUCGCGUCUCGAGUUGUGUUGGCAACAAAUUGCGUCCCUGUGUUUUCCAUUCUACAUACCCUUCACUGGUAGUCAUGGGUCGUAUAAACGAUGAAAUAGGACACAACAAUUAAGAUAUGUGUUUGAAGAAAUGACUGGCAUUUCUUGUUUUGCUUUGAUUUUGUUAGAAGGCGGAAACCUUUGGGUAAUUAUUUAA